GGAAAACAAAAAGACAAAAAGUAACGAAAAGCGUCCCGUUAAAAUUUCAAAAUGUCCAAAACAGCAGUUGCCACACAAAAUUUGAUUACUCUCAAGGGAUCCGCCCAGAUUGUGACAGAGUUCUUUAACUAUGGGAUCAACAGCAUUUUGUACCAGAGGGGCGUCUACCCUCCCGAGAUGUUCACCAAAGCUCAAAAAUACGGUUUAAGCAUCCUGAUGACGUCGGACAAGCCUCUGCAAAAGUAUUUGGACACCGUGCUGUCGCAGCUCAAAGGUUGGCUCGAAGCGAAGAUGGUGCACCAGGUGGUGUUGGUCAUAUCGAGCGUCGACACAAAGGAGACCCUAGAGAGGUGGGAGUUCCGCAUUCAAACGGACGACGAAAUGACUGACGAGAGCCAGCCAAAGAAGAAAGAAAUCAGCGACAUUCAGAAUGAGAUUAAGAGCGUCAUCAGACAGAUUGUGGCCAGCGUAACCUAUCUUCCUAUCCUGGAGAUAGCCUGUGCGUUCGACCUGCUCAUCUACACCAACAAGGACUCAGACCUCCCGCAGAAGUGGGCAGACUCGUCGCCGUUGCUCAUCGAGGACGCUGAGAUGGUGCACCUCAAGAGCUUCUCUACGAGCGUCCAUUCCGUGGACACAGCCGUCGCCUACCGGAACGUCUUCAAGAUGUAGCUUGCCCAUGUUGGUUCUCUGGGGGCCUGCGGCGCAACUCCCUUGGACGUGCCCCAAAUGAUGUCCGUCUCCGACUUCGUCUAUAACCGUAUUGUCUCAUCGCUCGACAACACGCCGAGCUUGGGGACCUGCUGGCACAGUCAUCUUAAAGGUUUUUAUUGUUUUAAUGUCCUUGCGAGCUCUUUGCACAGUCUCCCUGGGAAGACACCUUUGCUCAUUCUUUUCCACUCGUUGGUCAGAGUUUCUGGCAUCAUUUGUUAAGGCCUCAAACUUCAACUGCUUUUGAGAAAAUAAAAGUAUCAGCCUUGCUCGAG